AUGCGCCCCGGGUUGGAUAAACCGGGCGCGCUGCCACUCCUGGCCCUGAUCAUCUUCUCCCUACUCACGUUGGUGCCUUCACUACCGAGUAUUUACAGUUUGAAGCUUGCCGACUUCACACACCUUAUUGGCAAAGCACAAGUUCCUCUCAUCCAGGAAAACGUCGCCGAGCUUUCUUCAGACACACCACCCAGCGAUCGCACUCCAUGGAUCCUGGCUGCACCGUCUCGACCGCGUCUCGACCGUUUUUCACGGCCUGCGCGACUUGCCAACGGCGCGCCGACCAUCUCUUGCGAGACGCCGUCUGUGGAAAAUAGGUCUCGCUCUUCCUAUCCGGCUGAAUCAACAUUCCUCUUCAGUCGGAGAGCCCGCGCCUUUCGCACAUACUUCAUCCAACAAUUAGACGACUAUCAAUUCCUCACACCCUUCUCCACCCGCAGCGUGUCAACCGGAGCUACUCCUGAUCCAACUCUUACACCUAAUCUCGCCCCUCUCCCGGCUUCAAUUGACGACUCAAAUCCCACCACCACACCCCCAUUGCAUAAUGAUUCUAUCUCCUCAACACCCCCACCGGACUUGACUCCGAAGCUUCCUUUCACCGACAUGUGGCAGCAGGCCUGCCAGGCGGCCAGCGGCCUUUGGGAGCUUGCAAAUGAGUCCCCGAAACCCAAUUUCCAGCGCUUGGUCCGGUGGGGUACAAGUUAUGCUCAAUCAACCUUCUUGCCCUCCAAAUUGGUCGACAGUCACACACCUACACCCUUAAUCCACCUUCAAAAUGACACUCAACCUGAAAUCGAAGAAUGCACUUGCAUGUCUGCGAACAAAACUCUUCCCCCUUCAAACGACCAGUCUACCGACGCUGCUGGCCGGCACUCAUCGGAGCUCCAGGGUAGCUGUAUGGCAGUGGUGAUCGGCCUGGUCGUCGGGAUAAUGUGGUUCUAA